AUGGCAGCCAGCCAUCUUCAAAAAUAUUGUCUGUCUGAUGAUGCUGGUGGCCCUCCAAAUAAUGGCUGGACAGUCCACUAUGGUCCAUAUGGGUUGUUUGCUGGACGUGAUGCGUCCCGUGGCCUGGCCACCUUUUCCCUAGAUACAGAAAAUGCCAUACGUGACGAGUAUGAUGACUUGAGUGACCUGAACUCCAUGCAGAUGGACAGUAUUAGGGAGUGGGAGAUGCAGUUCACAGAAAAAUAUGACUAUGUUGGUCGGCUGCUAAAACCCGGUGAGACUCCACGUGAAUAUUCUGACACAGAGGAUGAAACUGACAAAUCCAAGGAUGCAUAA